UAGCUUAGGUAGAAAUCUGUGUGCCGGGUGAAAUUGGUAGAAAUGGCUGCCGUCUUGGACGAAGUAGGAAAAUCCGAAGAAAAGUUGAUUGACGAUGGAAAUGUUGAUGAUAUCGAUGACAUAGAAUGUGAAGAAGGAGCAACAGAAGCUUCAAAGAAAAAGAAAAGGAAGAAGAAAAAAAAGAAGGCUGGUGCUGGCAAAGCAUCAGCUGAUGUACCAGGUGGGGGAGAAAGUGAUGAUGCUGCUGAAGAAACGAGGAAAAGAGUAGAAAAUAUAAAAAUUAAUGGAGAAGAGAAUGAUCUAGACGAGGGCAGUGAGGAUGCUAAAAAAAAGAAAAAGAAGCGUAAAGCUCGAGGAAAAGGAAAUCAGAAACCUCAGACAGAUCCUCCCUCCAUUCCUGUUGCAGAGCUUUUUCCAGAUGGUGUGUUUCCUGUGGGGCAAGAAAUGGAAUAUCCUUUGGUUAAUGAUUCUCGUACUGCUAUAAACCGAUUUACAAAUGAAGAGAAACGUGCACUCGAUCGACUUCAUAAUGAUAUUUAUAAUGAAGUACGUCAUGCUGCUGAAGCUCAUAGACAGACCCGGCAGCACAUCCAGAAGUGGGUUAAGCCAGGAAUGACGAUGAUUGGAAUAUGUGAAGAGCUCGAGUCUGUAGCUCGCAAGUUGAUUCAGGAAGAUGGGCUGAAAGCUGGCUUGGCCUUCCCAACAGGCUGCUCCCGGAAUCACUGUGCCGCUCAUUACACCCCAAAUGCAGGUGAUACAACUGUUCUGCAGUAUGAUGAUGUUACCAAGAUUGACUUUGGAACUCAUAUUAAUGGUAGAAUUAUUGAUUGUGCAUUCACUUUAGCGUUUGACCAUAAGUAUGACAAGCUGAUCGAAGCUGUACGUGAUGCUACCAAUACUGGAAUUAAGGCUGCUGGUAUUGAUGUUCAGCUUUGUGACAUAGGUGCAGCAAUCCAAGAAGUAAUGGAGUCAUAUGAGGUGGAGCUGGAUGGUAAGGUAUAUCAAGUCAAGUCCAUUAGGAACCUGAAUGGCCACUCCAUCUCUCCUUACCGUAUCCAUGCUGGGAAGACUGUGCCAAUCGUGAAAGGUGGGGAAGCAACAGUCAUGGAGGAAAAUGAAUUUUAUGCUAUUGAAACAUUUGGCUCUACGGGACGUGGCCAGGUUCAUGAUGAUAUGGAGGUGUCACAUUAUAUGAAGAACUUCGAAGUUGGAUACGUGCCAUUAAGACUGCAGUCAUCAAAGUCUUUACUGAAUGUGAUCAAUAAACAUUUUGGCACUUUGGCUUUCUGUCGUCGUUGGCUGGACCGUGCUGGUUGCACAAAAUACCAGAUGGCUUUGAAGGAUCUGUGUGAUAAGGGUGUGGUUGAUCCUUAUCCUCCACUGUGUGAUGUGAAAGGAAGUUACACUGCACAGUUUGAGCAUACAAUUCUUUUAAGACCAACUUGUAAAGAAGUUGUUAGUCGUGGAGAAGAUUACUAAAAUUGGUCUUUAUAAUAUGUAUUUUUUUGUUACUGGGUGUAUGUUUGAGACUGGAUUAAAAAAUAUGUUCAAUAUGUUAUUCACAGUAGAUUGUACCUCAGGAAUUAAAUACAUAAAAGGUAAAAUACAGUUAUGGUAUCAGGGUUUAUGAUUGUUGUUAAGCUAUGAAUGAGACUCCUGUUUUAAUUAUUUAAAUUGUGUUUUAUGUGUGUUUAAUCAGUUCUCUUUUUAUUACAUCUUCACUUUUUGUUUUGCAUGUUGCAGAACUUUGUAGGCAACUGAUCAUAUAGGUUGUCAUCCUUUUGCACAAAACCUGAAAGUCUGGGUAACAGUGUAUCUGUAUACAUAUUAUUGGUAAGAGGUUAGGAUAUUUAUUGAACAAACAUAAGUAGUUUUAUAAAAUAAUCAUGACCAAAGUUUUCAGUGAAAUACUGUCUGAAAUCCAGAGUGCAUGUAAAGAGAGAUUAAAGAAGUUUCAAUGCAUUUUAUGACAAACAUUUUAUUGUUUUUAUAAACAUUCAUGAAAAUUAUAUAAGACCGCUUCCUCAUUCAAUUUUGUCGGUAAUGUUGCUUUACAAAUUGAAGGUUGACAGCUAAGAGGAAAAUUGUUGUAAGAGUGAAACGGUUAUAUCAAAUAUGUCAUGUGAUUCGAAUUCACUAAUAAAUAUCAUCAAAGAAAGUUUGUAUACCCAGUAUCAGAUAUGUGUAAUCUAUACCAUAGGCUGGAACAGCUCAGCAAACUUUUUUUUUUUUUUUCAUAUCUAAACUUUGAGUUUGCUACUGUUUUGUUGGUCAUCUGCUCUAAAAAAGUACUCUUUAGUUAGAAUUUAGACUGCUUUGAAAAUUACAGCAGAAUUGUAUAGUGUUUUUUAUCAACUGUAUAAAAUAAAUACAUCCCAUUCUU